AUGGACCCCCUCACCCUUUCCUCGGGCAUCCGUACCACCACCGCUCUACACCUCUUCAGCUCCGUCCUCUGCCACGUCGACGAUGCCAUCGCCACCACCUGCAUCCAAGGGCUCGAUGAUCUACUCGAGAACCAAGGACUCGGAGGGGUGAGGAGAGGGGAUGUGAUUGAGAUCCAGGUACGAUGAUGGGCUUGGCAGUCGUGCGAUGCAGGCAAUGGAUUGAAUGUCUUGUCCGGUAACAGGGACUCGCCGGUUCGGGCAAGACGACGCUCUUGCUUCAUCUGACCAUGAUCGCCAUCCUCCCACGAUCGACCUACCACGCCGCAUCGGGGAAGCAGGUCCCCCUGGGCGGGAAACAACAUCACGUGUGCUACAUCGACUGCGCACCGUCGAACGACUUUCCGUUCGCCCGGUUGGUCCAUCUGCUACGAAGGCAUUUGCAGCGCUGUUUGAGCGCGGUCGAGAAGCAGGCGAACACAGCAGCUUUGGUCGAACAGCUGAUCAAGGAGAGUUGUUCGAGGUUGGUCGUCUUCAGGCCGAAAGGCUUGGUGCAACUGGCUGCGACGGUCAAGAGUGUGGGGAGCAUGUUUACGAGCUGUCACGGCGACUCGGACGCACAACACGAUCGAAUGCAAGACGACCACUCGGACGAUCGACCUCGCCCAAACUUCCACCUCGUCGAUCCCGCCCCCCUCGGUCACGUGAUGAUCGACUCCAUGUCCACCUUCGGAUGGUCGCCCCAACUGCUCCACGAGACCAACCCCCCCGAACCGCUCCCCCCCGCGACGAUCUUAUCCCAUCUCAUCACCUCCCUCGCCGAAUUGCGCACCUCCCUCGCUCCCAUCAUCUACAUCACCCAGUGGGUCUUCAACCCCAGUCUUGUACCUAGCUAUUCCAAGGAUCGAUUACCUUUUUAUAAAUCCCACCUCGAACCGCCCUGGCCACGUCUCUCCUCGAUCCCCGUCCCCUCCGACCCUUCCGACCGUUCGUACCCCGACCGUUUGGAACCCCUCUCCCAACCACAUCAUCCCGAAAGACCUUCCUUCCCUAUACACCACCAUCUCACUCUUCAUCCUCCGCUCAAACGCAAGAUCAAGCAAUCCGUUCCCUUUCCAGAAAUCUGGGAACGCAGGAAAGAGGGAAGAGGGGAGGGGAUGGAUGGGUUCGUGUGUGUGCUUCGAUCGGGAGGUAAGGAGGUCGGUAGUUGGGAAUGGAGUGUCGAGGCGGAUAGGGUCGUUUGCUAG